ACAACUUCCGGAACACGUCAAUCGCGUUUUGUCAUAACUUGAUAGUUAGAUUGUGAUAUUUUUAGAUGUUUUGUAAUUACCGUUUUUGGAAUACAUAUUAGUUUCUAUGCUUUUAAAAAACUUCUGCCAAUUAUUCCAACAAUCUCUUUAAAUUCGUGACGUGGCUGCUUUGAUGUAAUUGCUUCCAUAUCAUUCAACACAUGAACUUUGACCCCUCCAAUAAGCAAAACAUGGCGGGGCCCCAAACAGCGAUUUUAGAUUUGCUGUUUGAUCAAUCAGAUGGCGUGCUUGUGAAAGAGAAUAUUCCAGACCUUCAUUCGUUAGAUUUCUCUGCGUUGGGGUUAACGUUAGAUGGAUUUGAUGACAUGUUUGUUGAAGAUCUGCUUGGCAUGCCAGAAAAACCCUCUUCACCAAACAUCACAGCUUUUAAAGAUCAUGAUUAUGUGAUGCAAGCGACGAAAUCACCAGCAGGAAGUGACAGCGGUGUCUCGGUAGAUUCAGACGGCCUUUCACACAUCUUUGAUUUGACCACUUCUUGCAGCAGCGUGUCACAGAUGAUCCCUCAUGUGGGCUCGCAUUAUGGUGAACACAGCCCAUGUUCUGCAAGCGAUACACUGUCAACUAGCCCUGAGGAUAUGGCUAUGGAUGCUUUAGAUCUGGAAAACUUUGAUUUUGGGGAUGUGAACUUUGACACUAUUGAACCCAGUGAUUUGAUUGAUGAUGACCAGAAUGUUCAUGUACUAGACAACAAUGUUUCCAUUGAUUUAGAAUCACACUCAGACCUGAUGACAUUUAGCACGAAAACGAAUACUGCAAUAUCCCCAGACGGCAUCCACACAAAAACGAUCAAAAUAAUUAAAGUAUCAAAUAACUCAGAUACCCUGCCUUUCACUAUGAAAGAUGUGUCUACUGGAACAAAAUUGAGCGGCUCAUUUCCAGAAUUGAGAUUGACAGAUGAGGAGAGGGACUUAUUGGCCAAGGAAGGUGUGGACAUACCCACUGACAUGCCUCUAACCAAAGAAGAAGAACGGGCUUUGAAAUCUGUCAGAAGGAAAAUCAGAAAUAAGGUAUCAGCAAAGGAAAGCAGAAAGCGAAAAAUGGAUUAUGUGGAUGGUUUGGAGAAGCGAGUGAAGAAAUGUACCCAGGAAAACCAAAGUCUGCAAAAGAAAGUGGAAACAUUGGAGAAACAGAAUGUAACACUGAUCAACCAGCUGAAGAAACUGCAGUCUUUGAUCACCAUCAAGUCAACCAGGACAGCUCAAGCCUCCACCUGUGUUAUGGUGUUGCUGUUGUCAUUUGCGUUCCUCAUUGUACCAAACUUCAACCCAUUCCGUGACGGAGACUCUAUGGAGGACACAAAAACAAUCCCAAUACCAGGCAAGUCUCGCAAUCUUCUCCAUAAAUCUGGGAGUGACCUCCUGUCAGGUGACACCGACAAUCCUUACGGAAUCUCUUCCAAACCAGUUGCAUUCUGGGAACAGCCCCAGCAGUCUCCUGUUGUUCAGGAUUUCACUGAGGAGAUUGUUGAGGAAAUGGAGGUGGAAGGAAAAAGCAAUGUAGAUAAACUUGGUGAAGUUCUUGGUACGCAGGAACAAGUGGUCUAUGUGCAGAUAGAGAAAACUGUUGAGGAAUCUAAUGUUACUUACGUCACUGCAGAGGAAUAUCAGACUGACCAUACUUAUCAGACACGAUCUACUAAAGUGGAGCAGACUGCUGGUGGUACUGAGAAUGGGAGGGGACAAAAGAGAAAGCAUGAUCUCUGAGACUUGUGCUGGGAAAUGUUGGACCUAUUUUAAAUGCUCUUAACUGUGAAGUCUUGUUUACUUUUUGUUCUAGUUUAGAUGUAAAUGUUCUAGUUGUAUCAAUCACUGAAUGACACUGAUAAUGAAAUCAUUUCACAAGAGAAUGAUUUGUGUGUGAUUUUUUAUUGUUUUCUGUCUACAUUGUUGUAGUGUUACAGUAUUAGGUAAUUCGGUGCAAUCCAGAGAAACUUUUUAAAAUGGGAGUUUGUUAAUAAUCUCCAUACAUCACAUACUUGUUAACUACUAAUUUUGUAUGCCAAUCUCUGGGAAAUUGCAAGACAAUGCUCAGUCAUACCUUUAAUGUUCAUGGUCACAUUUGUUUGUUUUGCCACAGAAUAAAUCCAAAAUGAAUUUGACUUAUGUAAAUUAAAUGUAUUUGUUUGAUAAAUUAUUACACAUUAGCAAGUUUAUUGUCAUUUACAUAUAGUGGACUAGUAUAUUUUUAAGCAUACCAUUUCUGUUGCAUGAUUGUGUGACUGUUCAUUGAAUACCCUUCUUUUUUCCAGUAUUUGAGGUUUAGAAACAGUGUUUUUCUAGCCACAGAGCCAAUGACUUACUAACUUAUUUAAAAAAAAGUUCUCAAUUGGUAUGGUAUUUAAAAAAUAAACUUAAGAAUUUAAUAACAGUGUAGUAAAAAGUUCAUAGUAACUAACUGAAUAAACUCGAGCAGAGUUUCAUGUUCGGUUAGUUUAGGCCUCAAACAAAGUUUCAAUUAACUUUUUUAUAAAAACUGGCCUCCAUUUUGUUGCAACAAAAUGCCAAUCAUAAGGAUGAUAGUUCAACAUUCAUUUUGUGUUUAAAAUAAUAACCAUGUAUUUGAAGUCAUUUCAUGUGUUAUUGAAUGGGUGUGUACAGUCCAGAUUUUUUUCAGUUGCAUGGUCACAUAUUUAAAAUUUUCAGUCAGUUGAUGGUCAUUGCAUGUAUAUACAUAUAACAAUUACAACAAAAAGAAUAUCUUUAAUUCUUGCAUUCACAUCUAUGGUGUAUACAUACAUUUCUUUUGCAUAAUACUGGGCAAAUUGAAUACGUUCAUUGCUUAAAACUUGUGUUAAGACACUACCUUCAUAAUGAUUUUAUGAACAUAUUUUAUAUCUGUAUUUAUUACCGCACACGAGUUCAUGGGCAAUGUAGGUACUUGUAUAUAUUGAUUGUUAUCUGAUAUCGUUAUCUGCAGCCUGUCACCAUUGUUGUUGUCACUUUGUGAUGUAUGCGAUUCUUUUCUAAAUAAAAUAUUUUUAUUGUGAA